GGAUUUCUGCAGCAGUUUGACAUCGGUGCUGGUCGAGUUAGUUUUGCUCCAGGAAGAGUUUAGGAGUUAAGUGCUUGGGGAACUUAUUAAAAUAAUAAAGUGCAUCUUAAGUGGAUGAUUUUGCAAUGAAAAAUUUACUCGCAGUUUGGAUUAUCUACUAGUUAAAGACACCGAUUUGAAGUACAAUUAACAUUGUAUUUCUGGUUAUUAGAAAACAAAAGUUUCAGCCGCAGGGGAACCCUCCAACUAAAAGGAUUAAUUGUCUAAUCUGGAGAAAAUCCACGAGAAAAUCGAUUGCAAUAAUGUCGGACACGCUUGAAGUGAGGGAUUUAGCUAGUCUCUUAACACCCAAGCUUAACGGUAGAAAGAUUAUGGACUGUACGACAAAGAACCUUACAACUGUUGGUGACAACUACGGUAGCACGAUGCUCUCAUUGACCGUUAAAGUGGGUUCCGAAGAUGGUUCAGAAGAGGAAUGUCUGCAAUUAGUGGGGAAAAUGUGUCCGACUAAUAAAAUGCUCCUCGACAUCUUCCAAGUGGACAUAACAUUUACCAAAGAGAUGACCAUUUAUAUGGUGUCAGUGCCAGAAUUUCUGCGUCUGCAGGAGGAGGAAAAUUGCCCAGAAGACGAGAGACUCGAUAUGUUUAUUGAGUGCUAUGGGUCAAGAACCUCUCUCGAUCCUGACACUAAAUCUGUCGAUGCUGAUGCUGUGCUGCUGCUUGAGAAUGUCAAAGUCAAAGGGUACAUAGUUGGUGAGAGGUCGAAGGGUUUUGACACAGAACACACAGAGCUCAUCCUGAAGAAUGUGGCUAAAUUCCAUGCAGCUCCAAUUGCCUUGAGGUACAAGAAUCCGGAAAUCUUUGAACAGAAAGUGCGAUGCCAUCUUAAGAAGAUUGAUAUUGACGAAGGCUUAACAAGUGAAGCAUCGGCGGAAAUGAAGAAGAAACAAUUUCAGGCCCUCAAAAAUGAAUUAAAAUCCAUUCCCGAGGUCUUACAACUCUUCGACAUCAUAGAUCGUCAGUUUGAAAUGUGCCAGGAGCGACAAGGAGAUUUGGAUUUUUAUGAGGAGAAUCCCUUUAACACAAUCUGCCACAAUGAUCUUUGGGUGAACAAUGUAAUGAUUGCGUACGAUGAUCAUGGAAAACCAACAAGGGUGAAAAUAUUCGACUUCCAGCUCAUAAUGUAUGCAUCCCUCUCAAUAGAUGUGCUUUUCUUCCUCUUCACCAGUGUCCAAAAUGACAUUCUAUUGGAGCACUUUGAGUAUUUUCUCAAGUUCUAUUUCGACGAAUUCUGCAAAAGUUUAAAGUACUUUGGAUGUUCUCUGGAUGAUUUUACGUGGGAGAAGUUCAUUGAGGACUUUAACAAGCAAGCACCAUAUGAACUCUACCAUUUGGCUGCAAUGACAAAAAUUCUGCUGAUAGACAAGCAAAAAAUGGCAGAAAAGAAGGAAAUCACCGAUGAUACCUUUUCCGAUGCUGAUAUGGUAGGACCAAAUUACUAUGAGAAACUGAAACUCCUUAUUCUGGAGUACAAAAAGCGCAACUGGUUGAUUAAAUGAGCAAAAGAAGCGAUUGUAAAUGAUGAUCCCUGAUUAAAUUAACAAGUGGCAACACCCAGUAUAAUAAUUUCUCAACAGGCGAUAGUAUUUCUCAACACUCCUUUUUUGCCAUUUGGAUUCUGAUAUGCGAGGGGAUUCAAUUUAAAGGCGAAAUGGAGACAGUAAUUAAUUUAUCGUACAAUAAACUCCUUGUUGUGGAUGAA